GCCAAGCGUCCAAUCAGCGUGAAGAGCUGAAAAAUGCGUCAUCUUUAGAUGCCGGAAAAAGAGUCGCGUGCGGUGAAUGUCCUGAGUGGUGAGAACACGGAGCAAAUGUAGGCUAGUUAACCGAUCACAAGUGCUUUUGAACAUAAACCGAUCCCAUUUUUGGAUGUAGUUACCGCCGGGUUCUGGUAUUUAAAGACAGCCGAUGUGUUUAGUAUGAACAGCGUCCACGUGAGGCUACUUACGCUGCUGGUUGUCAAAGGCAGAGCUCUCUCCGCUGCUCCGAGGGUCCCACUUCGUGACACUUGUUUCCGCCGGACUCUCGCUCAGUUUGUCCGGUCAAUGGCGACGGUUAGCAACCAGUUGCCAGUAAAGAGGCCGCCGCUGGGCUCGAAGAAACCGAAGGAGCCACUGCGCAGGGUCAAAACCAAAGAGAACCGGGGUAAACGGGGAGACGUUCAUGGACCAGCGUCCGUGUACGUUCAGGUGAUCGGUGCUGGAAGCAGAGACAACGCUGCGGGAAUCUACGUGUUUUCCGACUUUAACAGGUACCUGUUCAACUGUGGCGAAGGCACUCAGAGACUCAUGCAGGAGCACAAGUUGAAAGCUUCCCGGUUGGACAACAUCUUCCUGACCCGGCUGAGCUGGGAGAAUGUGGGAGGUUUAUCAGGAAUGAUACUGACUUUAAAAGACACGGGUGUACCUGAAUGUGUCCUCUCUGGGCCUCCACAGCUGAAGAACUAUCUGCAUGCCAUCAAGUCAUUUUCUGGCCCUCUGGAGGACAUCAAGCUGUCGGUGCGUCCUUACUCCGAGGAGACGUACCAAGAUGAAACCAUGAAGGUCUAUCAGGUGCCAAUAUUUGCACAGUCCAAGGCUGAUGGAGGAAAACGCUCCCCCAGACCCGGCAGGAGCAGCCCCACCCAGAGUUAUCCAAGAAAAGACCAUUUUCACAGUAGUAGCAGAUUUGAUCCAGUUGGUGAAGCAGGAGCAGCCUUUAGAGAUCCGUCGCUGGUGGUUGCCUUUGUUUGCAAGCUUCACCCCAAGAAAGGAAACUUUUUAGUUGCUCAAGCCAAAGAGCUCGGACUGCCGGUAGGCACAGCAGCCAUCGGUCCUCUCAUCUCCAAUUUAAAAAAUGGAAAAAGUAUCAUCUAUGAAGGAAAAGAGAUCCGACCUGAGCAGGUGUGCACCCCCACUGACCCAGGGCCAGUCUUCAUUGUAGUGGAGUGUCCGUCUGAGGAGUUUGUUGAAGCUGUUUGCACCAAUCUGCAGCUCCAAAGGUACCAGGCUGAAGGGACAGAAGACUCAGUUGCACUGGUGGUCCACAUGACUCCGGAGUCUGUCCUGAAAACAAACCAGUACAAAGAGUGGAUGGAGAGGUUUCCGUCCACAACAGAACACCUGAUUCUUAAUGAAAAUGCCUGCACAGUUCAUAACAUCAGGAGUCACAAGAUCCAGACGCAGCUCAACAUGAUUCACCCAGAGAUCUUUCCACAGCUUAAAACCUAUGAGUCAGAGGAGACUCCGGCAACGCUGCAUGUCCCAAAUGUCAGAGCCGAGUGUUUGCUGAAGUUCCAACUCAGACCUGUAAUAGAGUGGCAAAGGGACGCCAUCCCCUCCUGCAACACUGAGGAGUUCCUUAAAGAAGCUUCGGAGGUGCCAAACUUUCUGGAAGAAGUGGAUAAGUGCAGGAAGGUUUGCUCGGCUGAAGCUGCAGAACGUUCUGGUCCAAAGGAAAGCUACCCAGAGGUGGUGUUUCUGGGAACGGGAUCAGCUCUGCCCAUGAAGAUCAGAAACGUUAGCGGCACUUUGGUUAACAUCAGUCCGAGUCAGUCGGUGCUGUUGGACUGUGGAGAGGGAACCUUUGGACAGCUCUGCAGACACUAUGGGAACGAUGUAGAAGAAGCUCUGUCUAAAAUCUCAGCGGUGUUCAUCUCACACCUGCAUGCUGACCAUCACACGGGGUUGUUAAAGCUGCUGUAUCAGAGGCAACGAGCGCUGACCAGUUUAGGUAAAGCUUUCAGCCCCGUUUCCCUGGUGGCUCCGGUCCAGAUCAUGACCUGGCUCGGGCAGUAUCACGACCACUGUGAGGAGAUCCUCGGUCACUUCAACCUCAUCCCAAACAGAAGUUUGUGUGAUGAUGCUGAGGAGCAAAACCCCAAGACCAGCUCCUUCAUCCAAGAAAUGCUGAAGAAGAGUGAUCUGCAGAAGUUCCGAACAUGCUUGGUGCGUCACUGUAAGAACGCCUUCGCCUGCAGCAUCACACACCAAUCAGGCUGGAAGCUGGCCUUUUCGGGGGACACCAUGCCCUGCGAUGCUUUCGUGAACAUCGGAAAGAACUCGACUUUGCUGAUCCACGAGGCCACGCUGGAGGAUGAGCUGGAGGAGGAAGCUUUGGAGAAGAGACACAGCACAACUUCUCAGGCCAUUGGCAUCGGCAUGAAGAUGAACGCCGACUUCAUCAUGUUGAAUCAUUUCAGCCAACGUUACGCUAAAGUCCCUCUCUUCAGUGAAGACUUCAACGACAGAGUGGGCAUAUCCUUUGACCACAUGAAGGUUCGCUUCAGAGACUUUAAAAUGAUCCCCAAACUCUUUCCUGCACUGAAGAGCCUCUUUGCUGAGGUGCUGGAGGAGAUGGAGGAGAGAAAGGAGAAGAGGGAGCUGAGAAAUCCAAGAGGAGGCUUCACUGAGCUGGGCAGUGAUCAGACCCCAGCUGCUGGUUCUGAGCGAGGUUUCAAGAGAGACCAGGAGGAGGCAGCGACGCACAACGUCAACAUGAAGAGGCGGAAAACCAGCUGAUUCCACAGGAAGUUGUCAAGAUCAGUUCAGAGACUUUCAGCAUUCUUAGUUAUUUUAUUUAAAUCAAGCACUGGUUUUUAUUUUGGCUUGUUUGGUUUGAAAGAAGAGUUUUUCUUAAGUGCAAAAAAAAAAGAUUAUGGUUUUUCUUCUUGAUUAAACAGACUAAAGCAACAUCACACUGUGCUGUAUAAACAUGAUUCACAUAAACUCGUUAAGCAUCAUUUUAAAUAUCUGUAGGAAUCUGAUUUAAACAGAAAUCUACUUGGAUAAAACUAAGUGAUGCUGUUUGACAUGUGAAGCCUCUACUUCCUGUUGGUGGUCGCGAUCGACUAAAGCAGCUACAACAAACCAAUAGCGUUCAGCCAUAUUGAAGACUAAAGAUAAAGUGGAAAACAGUUGUUGGGAAUAUGAAGUGGAGAUGGACACAAAUUUCAACCUCUCCUUUACUAACAGUCUGCUACACUUUUUAAAAUUAAACUUUUUAAAAUGUG